AUGGACCACGCCUCUAAGCCUGGAAGUAAGGCCGUAAAGGAAUACGAGAGGCUUCCGAUAAUAAAGAAGGUUCCGAUAGUUAUUUAUUACUGCAUAGAAAAGUCUAUUUCUCGGAUUCCUGAGAAAGCUAGAAAGAUGAUUUCCAAGGGAAGCUCGCUACUAUCUGUUGGGCAUAUUGUAUUCUGCACUGCAGUUCCAUUUGUCUAUAUCUAUCGGAGAGACAAGAGCAUUGUGGGGGAUUCCAUCCUUAGUGCCGAGUAA